CGGCUCUGGGUGGCAAGUGUGCACAAUGGCGCACCAAACCUGUACAUGAUUUUGGCACACGUUUUGACAGAUUAGCAAAAGAGGCUCGGUGGGCGGCAGUCCACCGUCGUGUAAAUAGACUUACCCAAGGUCAGGGCACAAGGUUUGAAGACUUCAAUUCUAGAUCGGUAACUCAAGUACUUUAAGGCAUUACUAUUUCUGUGUUUCUUUUCUGAACUGGCAUCCGACGAUACGUCUACCAGUUUAUCAGUCAUAUCUUUUAACAUCAUGCAAAGUUUGGGCGUUUUUAUUCUGUCAUCCAGUGUCAUCCACUGCACUUCUGUUUUAUUUCUGUUAAAGGCUAAUCAUGUCAGCAAGCCUCCAAUGAUCUGAAGAUAAGAUUCUAUAGUGUGACUUGUUUUGAUUAAUCAGUAGCCAAUCGCCAAAGUCUCUAGGCAUCUUGAGGUCACUAGAGGUGCAAGGGUCACUCAAAACAAGAUGUCGACCGACCCAGCGCAAGGAGCUCGAGCGAAGAGCACAGAUCAUGAGACCACCCCCGAGUCGACCCCGACCGAGCCGCCCCCGCAAACUCCCGGGGAGAAGACAGAGGGCAGCCCGAGGACCAAGCUGUACGUGCGUCGGUGGUUCAUGUUGCUUCUCUUCUCUUCCUAUUCGCUCAGCAACGCUUUCCAAUGGAUCCACUACAGCGUGAUCAGUAACAUCGUUGUCAGGUACUACAACGCGAGUAUCCUGGCCGUGGAUUGGCUGUCGAUGGUGUACAUGUUGGCUUACAUUCCGCUCAUCUUUCCAGCUACUUGGACGCUAGACAGAUACGGUCUCCGUGUGGUUGGUCUUCUCGGGUCGUCCCUGAACUGUAUCGGUGCGUGGCUGAAGGUAGCCGGGGUGGGGAGGGAGCGGUUCGCGGUCACCAUGUUCGCCCAGACCGUCUGCUCCGUGGCGCAGAUCUUCAUCCUCGGGAUGCCUGCUCGGGUGGCCGCCGUCUGGUUUGGACCCAAGGAGGUGUCUACGGCUACGUCUAUUGGUGUCUUCGGGAACCAGGUCGGAGUUGCCCUGGGUUUCCUUAUCCCUCCCGUGUUGGUACCGAACGCCGCGGACAUCACGGUGGUGGAACGGGGCAUGAACGUCAUGAUGUUCGGCACGGCUGGGGUCACCACUCUGCUCUUCAUACUGGUUAUCAUAUUUUUUAAAGAGAAGCCGCCCAUACCUCCUAGCCCGGCCCAGGCCUCCAUCUUUGAAAGCGAGGCGGAGUAUUCUUACAUCGGCUCCGUCAAGAGACUGGUGAAGAGUGUUCCUUUCGCACUGCUUAUCAUCACGUACGGUGUCAACACAGGGUCGUUCUACGCCAUCUCCACGUUGCUAAAUCAGGUGGUGCUCUCCAAUUAUCCGGGAGAGGAGGUGAACGUUGGCCGGAUCGGACUGACCAUCGUACUGACCGGUCUGCUGGGGUCCGUGCUGUGCGGCAUCUGGUUAGAUAGGACACGGACAUACAAGGGUACCACAGUAGUUGUUUACAUCCUGUCCUUUCUGUGCAUGACGGCCUUCACGUUCACUCUGGACCUUGGCUACCUAGCGGUCGUCUUCGUAACUGCAGGGGCUCUAGGGUUCUUCAUGACUGGUUAUUUACCGCUUGGGUUUGAGUUCGCGGCGGAGAUCACCUACCCUGAGUCCGAGGGGACGUCAUCGGGACUGCUCAACGCCUCGGCACAGACGUUUGGUAUCGCCCUGACCCUGUUCAUGGGAUACCUGGUGAACAACGUCAGCACUUUGGCGGGAAACUUGUGUCUGUGUGUCACCCUCUUCCUUGGCGCCAUCCUUACAGCUUUGAUCAAGUCAGACUUGAAGAGACUAAGAGCCAUGCAUAGCGGAGAAGACGCCAAUGCUGAAUCUAAGACAACAGCCCUGUAAACGCGCAACAUCUUGCAACAGUUUGUGAACAGGGGACACUGAUACCGCUAGUUCACCUUUAUCCGCGGAGUAGCCUAUAUCCGUUGUUUUAUGAAUCUGGUAUUUUGGGAUAUCACGUGGACGGACAGUGGUUUGAGAUUGCAAUGUUUUGAUAGUGGUGCAGUUUGAAACCACCAUUCGUCAAUUUAAUUUGUCUAAAAACUAUGUUUAAAAAAUCAACGGAGAAGAAACAGAGCAUACUUACAAAUGUCAGGCUCGCUGUUUAAUACCUCCAGUUACCGAACACAACAUCGCAAUGUGUAACUUUGCUGAAAUAUACUAUAUCUUAGUUUCAUACAUAUUUACCAUUACCUGCAUGUAACAUUAACUGUAACAUACAUCUUAUAAGCCACAGUACCGUGUCUUUUUUAUCAACUUUAUUUAACAUUAUUUUAUUAGUUAUAUUGUUGUUACUGUAACAGUAGUUUUACUAGUAGUGUCGUUGUUAAUAGUAUGGUGAUUGUCUACACGCUACAAUUGAUAUUAAAUUGUAUGUUUUAUACAUACUUAGGACUUUUCAAGUAAAUAAAAAUUCUAAUGAAAAUACGUGAUUUUGUUUGAACAGUAAUUUUUCGUGAGAAAAUCGUAACUUUUAUUGAUGUUUUGCUGCUUAGCAGAUGUUUUAUAGACCGUAUUCUCAUGACCCUAUCCCCGGUGCAAACAUAAUUCUAUAACAAAUGUGUCUUAUUCAAGAGGUAAAUAAGUAAGGAAAUUAUGUACAAAUUGUUAGUAUUUGGAAAUGAUACAUGCCAUCUACGUAGUAAUAGUGACAA